UUUGUCAUGCUCGCGUCACUGUAGCGGGGUCGAGGCGCCAGUCACGAGAUGGGCGGAAAGAAACGUUUAUUUAGUAAAGGUGCGAGAAACGUGAUUGAUUCGUGUCUCGUGUGGCGCGUGUGGCUCAAGGCCGAGGCGCGAUGACGGGCCACCGCUGACGGGGGACGCGGUUUUGGGCCUCGGUUGGGAAGGUAGACUAUAUAUGAAGCUUGAGGGAGGGGAUGAGGGGUUGUGGUGAUGGAGGUGGAGGGGCGGCAGGGAGGGGUAGGGAGGAGACAACCCGCAAUGCCGCGCUGCCAGAUGUUUGAUACUCCACAGAAAAUUGUGUUGUCUUUUAAUUUCUUACGUUACUUUUUACUGUCAUUAUGCUCACGUCAUCAUGUCUUUCUGCUGCUGAUGCGUCGGCGUGCUGAGGGUCAAGGGGCGCCUGUGGGAUGCGUGAGGCUGCAGUGUGCCAGUGUGUGGUGCGCGGUACGACGCCCUGGGCCCGGCGAGACAGCCCGGGUACCUCCCGAAGAUCCAAAAAUUGUGGGGGAAACCUGGGCAGUGUGUUAUGGGUACGUGUGUCGGUAGGGGGUGAGAACUCCCCGUCCGCGGCGACUCCACAGGCAGGGCAGAGAGGGCGGUGGUGGCAGCAGGGGCAGGUCGCCGUGCAGCCCCUCCGUCACCCUGCCACGCACUGUCGCUCCCGCCUGGCUGCCUCUAGUCACCUUUAGGCGUCGCGCGGCCGUGGCAUUGGAUGAGUACUACUAGUCAGUACAUUAGCCUAAAAGCGCCAGCCUCUCAGUGCCCACGCCAGGCUGGGAUCAAAGGGCUGCGUGUGCGUGCGGCGAGACACUGGGAGACGCACCCGGGGCUUGCAGAACUGACACACAAGCCGCGGCGUGAUGCGUGGCUCUGCUUGGCCUUACACGCAGUAGUUUUUGUCGUGAAAACUAUCAGCUGUGUUGGCCGCGUGGAGACAAGACCGCGGGGGAGGAAAUGAAGCUGUUGACCAGCCAUUCCUAGACGGAUGUGGCGCUGUACCUGGACGGGAAGAGAAUGACGAGGAAAGAAACAGCAGCACGAGUCCUCCGCUAAUCACAUCCCCCUGAGGGCCACAGCGGAACCCAGCCCACUACGCCCCCUACCCUGAUCCCGUCCCCUCGCCGUCCCCUGAGGCUGAGGGAGAGAGGAAACUUCGGGGAGACUCACGUGGGAUCCCUAGACCUUCCGGCGGGGCUCUGGCUGGCCUGCGGCAGGACAAGACUUAGGAUCUGGAGGAAGGCCAAGAAGAAAAGAGGAACAGAGUAUUAGUGGGUCUGGAAAGGAGGAAAAGAAGCGAAGGAAAAAUGAGGGAGUUCGUGGAAUGUUGGCAGAAACAGCAGUGUACGUAAGAGGGGGAAGCAGAAAAACGCAAAAUUAAGUGUCACUAACAAUGAAAAAGACGCUGGAAAAAAGAAAAAGAUAACAGUGGCGGUGUUUGAUAAUUAGAACCUUUGCGAUGGAGGAGGAAGCAGAAGUGAACGGAAAAAUAAUACAUGGAAAAAGGAAACAAUAAAAAAAAACAGGAAGUGGAGAGGGAAAGACACCGCAGGCCGUCACGGAAACAAGUACUGACGUGUUCAUGAAGGAGAUCAAGUAACGCGAGGGUUGUGUUGUGUUGUGUUGUUGUGUUGUUCCCUGUGUUGCGCUGCAGUGUUGGUCGGAAUGGCUUGCAUACGCGCCGCUCAGUCUGAUGGCUCCACAGACGACCUGCACAAGGUUCACCAGGCAAAGAACCCCAAGUCCAUAACGCAGAUCUACACAGACUGGGCAAACCACUACCUCGAGAAGUCCCGCAGCCGCCGCCACAUUCACGAUUUGCAGGCAGAUGUCACCGAUGGCGUGGUGCUUGCAGAAGUCAUCGAGGCUGUCACUGGACAGAAAGUACCUGAUAUUAAUAAGAAACCAAAGAACUCCACACAAAUGCUGGAUAACAUUGGCGCGUCGCUGUCCUACCUGGCAGGGCUGGGCGUGGCCUUGGACGGACUCACGGCCAAGGACAUUAAGGACGGGAACCUCAAGGCCAUCCUCUCCCUCUUCUUCGCCCUCUCCAGGUACAAGCAGCAGCAGAAGCAGGCGCAGCAGGAGAGGAAGGAACUCGAGAAACUCCGGGAGAAGAAGCAAGAGAGCGAGAUGGUGACGACGGCUGCAUCUAAGUGAGUACGCCUUUCUACUUUUGUGUGUCUCGUGCCCUCUUGCAGUGCCCCUCGUUUCCUUAUGUCUCAGUGCUCUUACGUUCUUAAUUAUCUGUCUGCCGGGCACUGUGUUUAUAUUUCAAGGUUUGUAUUCUUUCUUUCUUUCUUUCUUUUUUUUUUUUUUUGUGCUUCCAUGUAGAUAAUUUUUUUAGGGUUCAGUGCGUACUGUUACAACAAAGGUAAGGAAUAAGUCUCCAGGAACACAAACGAAGAACAAACGCCAGGAUAACACAAGGUAAACCAUAAACAAGUCACUUUAAGAUUUUAGAAUGCCAUGGUUUUAUCUCGAAUAAUUUUACAUUAAUUUAAAGUAGAAAGUAUUAUCAGUGGACGAGGGCGUGGAGCCAACGAGUGUGCGCUUAAGAGAUGAAGUAGUCUCCCCGUCAAUAUUCGUUUUCUACAAUCACUGGCUUGUGUCCGUUUUCUUUUGUGAGUCUCAUGGUUAACUUAGUAAGCGUAUGUACUGUAUUGCCAGAUCCACGGGUGUUGUAUUUGCGUGUUCAUCGUGCAUUUCUCACCCCAGAAGUUAGAAGCAGGCUGAUCACUCACGUUCAGUUCCCCUUAUAUAAAAACACGGCUAGGAUUUUCCACUACAAAUUACUAAUGUGAAUCGAAGACAUUUGUGGAGGGAAUAAGAAUUAAAUAAGAAUUAGCGCCUUUAAUAUUCCUAAUGAUGGCGUGUAGGUGUUUCCAGCCACUCCUGCAGCUUGUGGUGGCUUGCGUAGCUGAGGAAGAGGAGGAGGAGGAAGAACAAGAGGGGAAGGAGGGGGAGGAGGAGGAGGAGGGGAAGAAGAAGGAGGUUUAUCAGGAGAGACUGCAUCGACGCCCUACAAUUACGGAUGACAGGAUGCAAAUUAACUAAACCUGACGUCAAGAUGGAUCCCAGGAGACGGACAGGGCGGUGGUGUGAGGUACUGGAGGUGUGCGUGGCGGCGCCCUCAGAAUAGCGUCCUUGGCUGCUGCAGGAAUCACGGGGCCUCCUCCCUAAGUGGCCGUAGCGUGUGUCGUGGGUGGUUUACGGCCCUAGGACCAAUACGGGAGGCGGUGCAACCCUUUCUGAACCACCGUGCCGUUCCCAUUCCAGUGUCUCCUUCUCAGUAAUCCCUUCCUGUUUUAUGAGUGCAUUUUUUCCCUCUACUUAAUUCCCAUCUGACAGAACCUUUUUUCUAUGUAAUUUCCCUUCCAUCAGGCCCCAUAGAGUACCUUUCCAUACCUUCUCUGCCGCCCCUGCUUCUCCCUUGCCACCUCCUUGAGCCCCUACAGUCCCCAAAGAAGUGAGUGACGAGAGUGACAGUUCGGUCUCUUCGUAAUUCUCUUUCCUUUAUCUGUGUCUGUCAUGUUUAUCUUUUUUACCUUCGACUUAUCUCCCCUUGCGUCCGUUGGGGGUUUUCUCGCGGUCGCUUUUCUUGUUGGCGUGUUGGGAGCACCUUUCCCCCACGCCCCCCUCGCCCCGCCAGACGCCACGCCGUUAUUUGGUGUCUGAUCGUGUUGAUUUUGUUUUCCACUCGAGUUCUCGCAGCGAGUGUUGGCGCCUCCUGCCUCUGUUCGUUUCCCUUGACUCGCUAACGACACUCCUUCAGGAUCAUCCGUGCCUGCGGCCUCGUCUGUUAGUCCUCCGCCGUAAGUUUCUCCCCAGCGGUGACUUUAACGAGGGUUUCAGGGUGUGGCGCCUUCCAUUAUGCUUAUCCUCGACUCCUUCAGAGCCUUGCCCGCCAGACGCAGGCCAUGGCGGGAUCAGUGUCACUCCGAGAAGAGUGUCCACAGACGUCUCGGUGUUAGUGAGGCUUUGGAGUGAUUUCUCGUGUCGUCCCCGCACUCCCGAGCACUUUGCGAGGGUAAGACCAAGGCUUAACUAAAAGACCUCAACACUUCACGUCCAAAAACCGGUUUGCAGUUUUCCAUUAGUGAGGCUCCGACAGGGAUGGACGGCCCCGACAGGUCUGCGGCAGCCUGGUGGCGGGCCGCGGCCUCCCACAACAGGGUAAUUGUGACAAAUAGCUUCAUUAUGCCACCCUGGACGCAUAUCCUCAGCUUCAUCGCCUUCUACGUCCAUCGCGGCUUUUGUAACGCCAGGGUGCUCAACGGUGGUGCCUCGCCCGGCCACAUCGGAACCAUCGGGGCGUGUUGAAAGCCCUAAGACCUGAGUGAUAACCCUUAGCUUGGGCUGGCGGAGGGAGGCGGUGAAAAGUCCGGGGAGUGUCGACCUUCCAGCACAGGUCGCAACAUAUUAGUGUCUGUAAAAGGGAACAAAGAAAAAAUUGAUGUUAAAUAGAGAUUCUCAAUAAACAAAGCGAGACUAGGUGACAUAAGAGUUGAGAGGAAACUGCAAACACUCUCUCUGACUCUUCUCUUCCCCUCUCUGUCUCUUCCAUUUCUCCUUCAUAUUAUCCCAAGUAUUUUC